AGCUUUAAACAAACACACAGGCUCUGCUCUAGCAGCUUGGGCUGGAGGACUGCUGUACUGCUUUACUGCUUCUGCAACCUUCACAAACAUCUACAAUCAUCAUGGUGGCCCAUAAGGAGUUUGCUACAGCGGGGAAAGCGCCGGGGCUGCAGGUUUGGCGUAUUGAGAACAUGGACCUGAAGCCGGUUCCCAAGAACCUCUACGGAAACUUCUACACUGGCGACGCCUACCUGCUGCUGCACACCACCGCCGCCCCCUCCUACAGCAUUCACAUGUGGCUGGGGGAUGAGUGUUCUCAGGAUGAAAGCGGAGCGGCUGCCAUAUUUUCCACUCAGCUGGACGAUUUCCUGGGCGGUUCUCCGGUUCAGUACCGCGAGGUCCAGAACAACGAGUCCGUCUCCUUCCUCGGAUACUUCAAAUCCGGCAUUAAGUACAAGAAAGGAGGUGUAGCUUCUGGGUUCCAACAUGUGGUGACUAACGACGCUAAUGUGAAGCGUCUGCUGCAUGUGAAGGGUAGAAGAGCUAUCAGAGCCACGGAGGUGGACUUCUCCUGGGGCAGCUUCAACCAGGGAGACUGCUUCAUCGUGGAUCUGGGAAAGGACGUGUAUCAGUGGAGUGGCAGUGGGUGUAACCGCUUUGAGAAGCUGAAGGCGUCUGAGGUAGCGAUCGAUAUCCGGGAUAACGAGAGGAACGGCAGGGCCAAGCUGCACAUGGUGGAUGAGGGGGCGGAGCCACAGGCCAUUAUUGAUGCUCUGGGCGCGAAGCCCGCCAUCGCCCCGGCUACUGCGGACGAUGAGCAGGUGGACAAGUCCAACAAGACGAAAGGGGCGCUGUACAUGAUCUCUGAUGCCACUGGUUCCAUGAAGACGUCGGUGGUUGCCCAGUCCAGCCCGUUUAAGCAGGCCAUGCUCUUGGCCGAGGAGUGCUACAUCCUGGAUAACGGCGCGGAUAACAACGUGUUUGUGUGGAAAGGCCCGAAGGCGAACCCAGACGAGCGCAAGGCCGCCAUGAAGGUUGCCCAGGAUUUCAUUAAAUCCAAAAAUUACUCCAACAAAACCCAGAUCCAGGUGAUGCCAGCAGGGGGUGAGACCACCCUGUUUAAGCAGUUCUUCUCUGAUUGGAGGGAUAAAGAUCAGACCACAGGUCCCUCUAAAGCCUUUACCAUAGGUAAGAUCGCCCAGGUGAAGCAGAUCCCCUUCGACGCCUCCACCCUGCACUCCAACAACACCAUGGCCGCACAGCACAACAUGGUGGACGACGGCUCCGGAAAAGUCCAGAUUUGGCGUGUGGAGGGAGGAGCCCGUGUCGCGGUUGACCCCGCCUCCCACGGUCAGUUUUACGGUGGAGACUGUUACCUCAUUCUGUACAGCUACAAACUGGGCGGCCGGGAACAGCACAUCAUCUACACCUGGCAGGGAUUGAAGAGCACGCAGGAUGAACUCGCUGCUUCAGCCUUCCUCACUGUUCAGCUGGACGACUCUAUGGGCGGAGCUCCUGUCCAGGUGCGGGUCACUCAGGGUCAGGAGCCGCCCCACCUGAUGAGUCUGUUUAAGGGGAAGCCCAUGGUGAUCCACAGCGGCGGGACGUCCCGGGCAGGAGGGCAGAGCCAGGCAGGCGGCACCCGACUGUUCCACAUCCGGACCAGCAGCACCCGGGCCACCCGCGCCGUGGAGGUCAAUCCUUCUGCCUCCAGCCUGAACACCAACGACGUGUUCGUGCUGAAGACCCCCGACUCGCUGUUUGUCUGGAGGGGCGUCGGUGCCAGCGCCGACGAAUCAGACGCCGCCAAGCAUGUGGUCUCCUUCCUGGGAGGGAAGCCCACCGAUGUGGCCGAGGGCAAAGAGCCGGCUGGGUUUUGGUCGGCUCUGGGAGGAAAGGCGGAAUAUCAAUCCUCCAAAACCCUGCAGAAAGUAGUAAAAACCCCCCGACUGUUCGGCUGCUCCAAUAAGACCGGCCGACUCGUGGUGGAGGAGGUGCCCGGAGAUUUCACCCAAUCAGAUCUGGCCACUGAUGACGUCAUGUUGCUGGACACCUGGGAUCAGAUCUUCCUGUGGGUCGGAAACGAUGCCAACGAAGUGGAAAAGACAGGAGCACCAAAGAUAGCUAAAGAGUAUGUGGACUCGGACCCGUCCGGUCGCCGCGGUAUUCCCAUCACUACCAUUAAGCAGGGGGCGGAGCCUCCCACCUUCACCGGCUGGUUCCAGGCCUGGGACAGUAAGAUGUGGGACAGCGAUCCGCUGGACCGGAUCCGAGCCCGGUUUUAAUCCCCGCGCUCGAGCUCGUUUACUUGCGCUUACGUCUUCUUCCUUACGUUUUUACACUUUUACGAUUUUAUCGUUUCGUACUUUCGUACGCUCCUCAGCAAUGCUGCGGUUUAUCAGGUUGCACAGAGUGGCUUUAUUUUCCAAAAGCACUGACGAGUAUAGAGCAUUUAUAAAUGUGCACAAAAAAUAACUUACAUUUAAAGUACAUUUUAUUAUUAAGCGUAGUGUCUUGUGCUUAAUUGACGUAAUUGCAAAAGAAAGACAUGUAAUUAAAAACAUGAAUAAAAACUACUUAUAACACUGAAAAAAUAGCAUUUGUUACCUGUUGUGUUUCACUCAGUCCUGUUACCAUAACACAUUGCCCCAUCUAAAACAUCUGGAACAUUCUACAACAGGAAGUCACAUCUACAACAGGAAGUGACAUCAGCUGGUUCUUCUGAAGAUCAUGGGAAGACUAAAAUUCCCAAAGCUUAUUGUAACGAUGACUGAGGGGCUCAAUUUCAACACUCAGUCCUGUUACCUAAAUUAGUUCUUAGAUCUUAUUGGAUUAUUGAAAGCUAUUUUCAUGUUUUUGCUAAUUCUAUGCUAAAAACUAAUUUCUGUUACUUUUAUUCCUGUUACUCAAAACAUAAAAAGUAACAGGAGUGAGUGCCAGUAACAGGAGUAAGGUUCCAGUAACAGGAUUGAGUUCCAUUAACAGGAGUGAGUUUCAGUAACAGGAGUAAGUUCCAGUAACAGGAGUGAGUUCCAGUAACAGGAGUCAGUUCCAGUAACAGGAGUAAGUUCCAGUGACAGGAGAGAGUUCCAGUAACAGGAUUAAGUUCCAGUAACAGGAAUGAGUGCCAGUAACAGGAGUGAGUUUCAGUAACAGGAGUAAGUUCCAGUAACAGGAGUGAGUUUCAGUAACAGGAGUAAGUUCCAGUAACAGGAGUGAGUUUCAGUAACAGGAGUAAGUUCCAGUAACAGGAGUGAGUUCCAGUAACAGGAGUGAGUUUCAGUAACAGGAGUAAGUUCCAGUAACAGGAGUGAGUUCCAGUAACAGGAGUGAGUUCCAGUAACAGGAAUGAGUGCCAGUAACAGGAGUGAGUUUCAGUAACAGGAGUAAGUUCCAGUAACAGGAGUGAGUUCCAGUAACAGGAGUGAGUUCCAGUAACAGGAGUGAGUUCCAGUAACAGGAGUGAGUUCCAGUAACAGAAGUAAGUUCCAGUAACAGGAGUGAGUUCCAGUAACAGGAGUGAGUUCCAGUAACAGGAGUGAGUUCCAGUAACAGGAGUGAGUGCUAUUAACACGAGUGAUUUUGUUUGUCAUAAUAACUAUAAAUUAUUUGAACAUGCAGUCAAACAUUUCUUUAAAAUAAAGACUUUCUAGUAAUUUCCCCACAGUGUCUCUAUUAAAACCUAUUUUAGUCUGUGAUACUUGCCAGCCUUCAAUGUUUGAGGCUGUAAGAGCAAGUUACAGGAUUACUGGGUAAAUUUUCAGAGAGUCUAAUCUAUAUAAGUUUAGUAAGUAUCAGCAUAUUUAUAGUCAUGCAUUAAAAACACACAAUUUAGUCCUUAUUUUAGUCUAGAAGUAGUUUUUUUACAUUGCGUCCAAAUGUCAUGGUAUAGGGACCAGUGGAAAUACUCUAAAAUACUUUUAAAUACAUUGAUUUUUUUAUCAUGGUAAAAGUAGCCAGUAGUCACUGCCGAUGUAUUGAUAAGUAUUUACGAUUAAUUGAUUUAAUCAUUACAACCCUACGGUUAAAAGUAAUUUUUUAAAUGCCUUUUAAAUGCAGUGCUUUUGGGAAACUGGCCAUUAAUUACUAUUUUACAAUACUGUUGCAUUGACUAGAGCUUGAAUAAUAAUAAAAGUUAAUAGUUGUAGUAAUAUUAAAGUGUUUAUGCCUUUAAUUCACAGUCAUAUUAAUCAGAGAAUAUAUAUAAUUUUUAGUUUUACCCAUCAUCAGUCUUAAUUUUUGAUAUAUGUUUUAUAGGCUGUGUCUUAAACGUAAUAAAUGCUGUCUACUUAGGCAGUAUUCGAAGGCAGGAAGGUAUCAAGCCAAGUAUGAUCGUAAAAAAAAGGUAUUUACAAAUCUCAAAUUUGCAUAUUAUCAUUUAUAAUAGCCAAAAAUUGGCUUUUUUGAAUUAUUUUAAUUUUAAUUUUAAUUAGUUACACAACCAACUGUUCAGGAGUCUUCAUAUCUUGGCAAGAUCAUCAUCAAGUGCAUCUCAAACGCAUUUUGGUUGUAGGUAACUUCAUCACAAUGCUGCCUAUCAAGGUAUCAAGGCAUCAAGGGAGCUGCCUUCCGUUUGGGACACAGCCCAUAGCCUAAAAGUGGCCUAAAAAUGGACCAAAGCCAAAAACAGAAAUGACGAAAAUUACCUCCUGUUUAUUCUUCAUCUGUGCUAUCCAUAUACAUUCUUCUUAUAUAGACACAAACACAAGACCAGAUUUAGCAUAGCAUAGCAUAUAGCAUUUAGCAUGUGAUUGGUCUGUUCAGUGAGUACUCCAACCAAUAGCAGGCCAGGGAACUGUGUAAAAAAAAAAGAAAGAAAGAUAAAAUUCCUCUGUUUACAUACUGCUAGUUUUGUUUACUGCUGUGUUUACCGCUGUUACAUCAUCUGUAUGUACGGAUUAAUUGAUUGGUGGGAUUAUGGGAUGAUUUUUUUUUUUUUUAGGCAUGUUUUUACACACUGCAAUACUGUGUGAUUUUUGUUCUGCAUUUAAUAAAAUUCCUCUAUUUAAAAACA